AUGAUUCGCCUCAGAGCAAUCCUUCACAUCCUCAUUUUGCAAGCUGUAUUUCUGACUAUAGUUCAAUCCCGCCAAUGCUAUCUCACAAACGGCAAAGAGGCAGAUUCAAGCUUCCAGCCCUGCUUCCCAGACCAAGACAACAGCCCUUGCUGCUCACUGGAAAAAAGCAACACAACUCCUAAUGACAUCUGCCUCUCUGGCGGAGUAUGCUAUAUCCAAGAUCCAAAUUUUCGAGGCCUGCUGCGACAAGGCGCUUGCACUGACAAGACCUGGAAGAGCGGACAGUGUCCCGAACUUUGUCAUACGGCCUCCGAUGCAACCCUAUAUGUAAUCCCCUGUCCUGCCCAAGGCCGCGGCUUCUGGUGCUGCAGCGUAAACGGCACAAAUUGCUGCGACAACGCCGUGCGCCUAGAUAUGGGCCAGAUGAUCAAUGUCUCCGUGACAUCACUCACAUCGGAGGUAUCCUCUUCAUCAGGCUCGUCCGACUCCUCUCUCUCAUCCUCCGUACUCUCCUCCUCGUCAUCGACAAAAGCCUCAUCAUCAUCACCAUCGCCUUCGUCAACGAACGCCAGCACCACUGAUUCUGAAACUAAUAACAACACCAACACCGAAGAUAAAACAUGCACUUCCGGCUCAAGUGUCAGCGCCACAUGCCCGGCCUCAAAAACAACAGUUAUCAGCGCUGGACUUGGCGCUGGAUUGGGCGGAUGUCUUCUGAUCGCUAUUGUGACAAUGCUCGUGCAGCGUCGAAUUUACAAGAAGAAUUUGCGACAGAAGGAGGCGAUGAUUGAUGAGAUUGCUUCUACGAGUUCGGCGCAGCAUUUAGUCUAA